GGCGCCGAGCUGAAAAUCUUAAAGUUGUGAUCGGUGAAAGAAAGAUCCGGACUAUGAAAGAGCGCAGUGGCUCAAACCUGCCGCAUGGUGCUGAGACGAAGCAUGCCGAAGAGUUUUCUCUCUUUCCAAUAAAGUUAUUAUUUUUGCUUCUUAACCUGCUUUGCAUUCAGAGCGGCUCUGGUCUCGUUUUCAGUCGCACUGGCAGCUGAGUGCUGACAUUUAAAAAAAAAAAAAAAAAACAAUUUUUGAAGACAUUUACGAAACUUCUCUAUAAUCUACAAGGCGUUGAGAAACACAAGGAAAAACAAGGCGCCUGGAACUUUUUUGGCGUCUCCACGCGCUUUUACGCACGCGCUCCACGGACACACGUUGUAACUGUGAAGUCUUUUUUUUUCACCAGCAGGAUUUUAAGAGUUUUAUUGAAUGGUUAUGGUGGCGAACAACCCAGACUUGCCGCCCAUCGACUGUACCGACUCCUGUGAGAUGGAGGCGGACGCGGACGCCUCGCGGACACCGGGAUCCCCGCACGCGACCGGGGACGUGGCGUGGUGCAAGACGCCCACCGGCCACAUCAAGCGGCCUAUGAAUGCGUUCAUGGUGUGGUCGCAGAUUGAGCGGCGCAAGAUCAUGGAGCAGUCUCCUGACAUGCACAACGCAGAGAUCUCCAAACGGCUGGGAAAGCGCUGGAAGCUCCUGCGAGAUUGCGACAAGAUUCCGUUCAUCCGCGAGGCCGAGCGUCUCCGACUCAAACACAUGGCAGACUAUCCGGACUACAAGUACCGGCCGAGGAAAAAGGUUAAGACGUCCGCUAGUGCAUGCAAAGCUGGAGGGGAAAAGGGGGACAAGGGGGUCACCGGUGGCGGGAAGUCAUCAUCCAAAAAAAGCCACGGCUCUAAUAAAUCUUCUGGCAGGACGCACAAGAAGUCUAGCGCUCUGGAAGCCGCCAGUGAUGCGCUUUAUAAACCGAGGGCAGCGUCUUCUGCAAAGCAGAUACCAGACAAGCCGGUGAAGCGCGCUCACUCCGGCUCAGAAAGCCUCGCCCCCUCCGCCGCUGUGCCCGCGAGCCCGACACUGAGCAGCUCGGCUGAGUGCGGUGAGCCACCGAGCCUCUACGAUGACGCGGGUACGCGCUUCAAACACGCGCGCGCCUCAUCUCCGACCCCGUCCGCCUCGCACUCUUCCUCAUCCUCCUCUUCGCAUUCCUCGGAUGAAGAGUUUGAAGACGACCCGCUGGACUUCGACCCCAGUCCAGGUGGCUUUAGCGGCGGAUUCGGUAGCGACACGUGCCUGGACCGAGAUUUGGACUUCGGGUUCGAGUCGGGCUCCGGCUCACACUUUGAGUUCCCGGACUACUGCACGCCAGAGGUGAGCGAGAUGAUCUCGGGUGACUGGCUCGAGUCCACCAUCUCUAACCUGGUGUUCACGUAUUGAGCUCAGAUUUUAAGACUUGGCGUUGAGAACAAGAAAAAAAUUUCCAUGCGUCCUGCAAGGUGACGCGACUGAACGACGCGACUGAACGACGCGAUUCCCACCUGUUUCAUAUUAAAACGCUGUGGGCUCUCACACGCAGAUGAAAAACAUAAUUACAGAAAAGGACAGGAAAGAAAAGCAGGAUGCUAGAAGUUGUAAGUGCGAGCAGGAAGAGCUCAGAAGUUGCACAGAGACUUGUGGAGGCUGAGAUUAAGUGUCGUUAAGCUGGUCGCUGAUGGACAUUAGUUUAGUGACUAAACCGGGCUCUGAAAUGAACUCAAUCGCAUGAUCAGUACGGUCUGCCUGUGAAGUGCGAGCCGUAUAGGUUUUUAAGAAAAAGAAGAAGACAAAAAAACAAAACAAAAAAAAAACAAAACUAUCACCAGCUUUUUUCCCGUUAACCAGAUGUCAGGUGUUUAAGCGCAACUCAGACGGUUCAGCUUUUUUCCCUUACACUACAGAUCAGGACCAAAAUACGUCCGAGAAGCGCGUGCUCUCUCUCUCUCUCUCUCUCUCUCUCUCUCUCUCUCUCUCUCUCUCUCUCUCUCUCUCUCUCUCACCGUGUCAAUCCUUCCUUUAUAACCCAUUUGUGCUCAGAACAAACAGUUUUAUACCAAUGUAUUUAUAAUGGUCCAAAUGUUUGCAUUUGCAUCUUUUUUCUUUUUUUUUUCUUCGUUUUUUUCUGCGACAAAUAAAAAAAUGAACGCUAUUGUUAUGAUAUUGUUGCUAACCAGCAGUUAGCAUCUUUAAAAUGACAUCAUGCUAAUUGAUGGCUAUUGAUUGCCAUUCACUGUUAGCCACUUUAGCAUGUCUGGUAAAGCUCCUUUUUUUUCUCUACAGUACAACAGUCUGUCUUGUGUAGCCUCCAGAUGCAACAUGUACAUCUUUGUUUUUCUCAAGGGCUAGAAACUGCAUCGUGUCAUUUAAUGGACUGGAGACGAAUCGUUGCUGUUAUUUUCUACGUGUAUUUUUGUACAAUUAAGAUUUUUGUCUUUGAAACAAACAAACAAACAAAAAAAAAAAAACAAUCUGUUUACAGUGUCAAUCCGCAGAUUUCUUAAAGACACACUAUCACAAUUUCUCAACCAGCCAUGCAAAUGAGACUGUAUGUAGCGGAAGCAUCAGUGUCCUUAUGGGAAAUACUGUUUCCUUUUCUUUCUUUUUUUGACGAUUUCUUUGUGCUUUAAUCAGUGAAUCUGUCAAUUUUUUAAACCACUGGAUGUAAUUUGAACACUCUCUAAAAAGCCUACAUGAUUUCAUGAAGUAAUGCUUUCACUCCUAAAUGUUACAAGGAUAUUUAAUCUUUUUCUACUUGUUGGCUAAAUGUAGCUAAUCGUUUUUAGUAUGUUACGGCAUGGCGACUAGCGUUUCAUAUUUUUUAAAAAUUCAGGUUCACGUAGAGCUGUUGUGUUUAAGGCAAAAGGAUCAACGUGAAGAUUUUUUUUAAUGUACAUUGAUUGUAUAAUAAAGUAAAAAGACUGUGUGCUUGGUUGGCAAAGACCUGUCAGACCAAGCACUUUGAACAUAUAUCUUUAUACGUCCCUAUGUUUAAAGUUGUUGUUCAUGACUUUUUUGGGAUAAAUAGGCCUAUAUACAUUUUAA